UCAUCAUUAAUAAAUUGUCCCAACUAAGCAUAUUUCCUUUUCCACUUAGGAUAAUAUUAAAAUAACACAUUUACUAGGGACUGUUUCCUUCUAUAUAUAUUCCCUCCUCAAACAACCCCUAUUCCCACCCAAACUCAUCUAUCUUUGCUUCCCCUUAGUCAAACAAAGUAACACACCAUCCAUCCUCUCUCUCUUCUCUUCUUCUGUUCUCUAGUUUCCUGCUCUUGUUUCUUAGAAUCCGUACGGUCUAAUCAACACAACAAAAUGGAUGCAAUUAGUUGCCUGGAUGAGAGCACCACCACCGAGUCACUCUCCAUAAGUCAGGCGAAGCCUUCUUCGACGAUUAUGUCGUCCGAGAAGGCUUCUCCUUCCCCGCCGCCGCCGAACAGGCUGUGCCGCGUCGGUAGCGGUGCUAGCGCAGUCGUGGAUUCCGACGGCGGCGGCGGGGGUGGCAGCACCGAGGUGGAGUCGCGGAAGCUCCCCUCGUCCAAGUAUAAGGGCGUCGUGCCCCAGCCCAACGGCCGCUGGGGCUCGCAGAUUUACGAGAAGCACCAGCGCGUGUGGCUGGGAACGUUCAACGAGGAAGACGAGGCGGCGCGUGCGUACGACGUCGCCGUGCAGCGAUUCCGCGGCAAGGACGCCGUCACAAACUUCAAGCCGCUCUCCGGCACCGACGACGACGACGGGGAAUCGGAGUUUCUCAACUCGCAUUCGAAAUCCGAGAUCGUCGACAUGCUGCGUAAGCAUACGUACAAUGACGAGCUGGAACAAAGCAAGCGCAGCCGCGGCUUCGUACGUCGGCGCGGCUCCGCCGCCGGCGCCGGAAACGGAAACUCAAUCUCCGGCGCGUGUGUUAUGAAGGCGCGUGAGCAGCUAUUCCAGAAGGCCGUUACGCCGAGCGACGUUGGGAAACUGAACCGUUUGGUGAUACCGAAGCAGCACGCGGAGAAGCACUUUCCUUUACAGAGCGCUGCUAACGGCGUUAGCGCGACGGCGACGGCGGCGAAGGGCGUUUUGUUGAACUUCGAAGACGUUGGAGGGAAAGUGUGGCGGUUUCGUUACUCGUAUUGGAACAGUAGCCAGAGUUACGUCUUGACCAAAGGUUGGAGCCGGUUCGUUAAGGAGAAGAAUCUGAAAGCCGGUGACACGGUUUGUUUUCAACGGUCCACUGGACCGGACAGGCAGCUUUACAUCGAUUGGAAGACGAGGAAUGUUGUUAACGAGGUCGCGUUGUUCGGACCGGUUGUCGAACCGAUCCAGAUGGUUCGGCUCUUUGGUGUUAACAUUUUGAAACUACCCGGUUCAGAUUCUAUCGCCAAUAACAAUAAUGCAAGUGGGUGCUGCAAUGGCAAGAGAAGAGAAAUGGAACUCUUUUCAUUAGAGUGUAGCAAGAAACCUAAGAUUAUUGGUGCUUUGUAGCGUUACGUUACUUUUUUUGAGUUUUUUUUUUUUUUGAGUUUUGUGACUGAUGAAAGAAAGAAGGUACAAGAAGAACGGCGGUGUAGUGGCAUAGUGGCAUCGCAAGUUGCUGCAAAAGGUGAAUUGUAUAUUACUUAAUAUUAGAUGCUGAAAUAUUAGGUGUAAUGUAACAAAAAACUGUACAAGGAGAAGAAAAAAGGUUCUAAGAAGGGGAGAAGCUAGAAGAAAAAAAAUGAUGUCAUCAUGGGAUAACUGUUUAAUUGUAUAUGUUGAUAAUAUUGUUGAAUGUUGAUUAUUAUGUUCACGGCA